CAUGUGACUUGCAAAGAAUAAAAAAGAGAAAUGCACAACAAAAGUGAAAACUCGUGACUAGACCUGUGAUUAAACGCGAAACUAAGCCUCAAAUUACGUCCAAAUACCGCACAGUGAACUAUCUUAUAAAGUACAAGCUGUUUUGGCCUUGGAAUUUGACCUAAAAGCCAAAAGAAACAAUGGGGGAUCAAACACUGUGAAGUUGUUGACUCCCAGACAUGAGCAGCGAAGAUGAUGUCGUUUUGGGGGAGAGAGGUGGUUCCAACGUUAACAGUGCCCUCUUGCUCGCCGAAAGAACUGAUGGAUAGCGCUUCCAACAGGCAGAGAGAUAUCAUGAGUAGCUCUAGGCUGUUAUCUUCGAGAAAUUCAAGACAUUUAGCCCGAUCCUUAGCUAAUGACCAUGGCGACAGCGAACCAGACGAAACUCAAGCUCUAUUGGGUGGAAACUCCAUUCAUUAUGACUCCAUCUACGAUUCCGAGGAGUUUUCUAGCGCUGGUGGAGGUAUUGCGCAGAUCCGAAAAAGACUCAAAUCCCAUUUUAUGACCCCAUACCAGAAAUUCAAGCAUCGCGGAAGAAAACCCUGGAAACUUUUGAUACAGUUGAUCAAGAUUAUUAUUGUGACGGCACAGGUUUGCUUAUUUGGUAAUGAGCUGUUUUCUAUUGUGGACUACCUUGAGAACAAUCUAGACACCUUCAACCAUCUCUUCAUUUUGAAUAGCACUCGAGCAAAUGGUGGUGCAAUUUACACAAGGACACAAUUUUACACCCAAGUUCGUCACACCCUUAAUCAGUACUAUGCAAUCUCACAAGAUGCCGUAGGUGUCUAUUCACCUCCAACAGUCAUGGGACAACAAACUCCUCUCAAAUUGUGUACAUACUCCUACAAGCAAGGCUUUGUGGACCCAGGAAAUGCUACCUAUACAUUCAACCGUUGCACAAACUACUCUUGUUUUGAUUUACUUCCACCAAGAAAAGAAGACAGAAACAUCACAGAAUUCCGUUUGCGCAACAAUCUUCCUUACACUUUUGAAAGAUACAUAUUUAUCUCGCUCAUCGCAGAGAUAAAAUCUCUACACAUCCAAAAGCAUCCUCAGUGUUUUACCUUUAAUGUUACGAUUGUUUUUGAUAAUUCCAAACAUGAUGGCAAAAUUCCAGUCACGUUAGAUGCUGAUGGAAUUAUGGAUGAUUGUGGUGGUGGAUUAGAGGAGACUGAAGACAGUGCCAGUCAGUAUCUCCUUACCGUCCUUGACAUUUUCGUCAUGGUCAUUUGUGCAAUUUCAUAUUUCCUGUGUGCAAGGUCUCUCUACAAACACUUCAGGCUUGUCAAGACGACACGACGUUUUUUCGCUGACCAGCUGGAUGAUCACCUGUCUUACUGGGACUGCUUGGACCUCAUCAGCCUUUGGUUCAUCCUGAUUCUCAUUAGCGACACAUGCACUGUCAUCGGAUCGCUCCUCAAAAUUCUCAUUGACUGGGAGGUGCUGUCGAAUUAUGACACAUGCAGCAUCUUCCUAGGGACAGGGGUGCUUCUCACCUGGACUGGAGUGCUGAGAUACCUCGGCUACAUGAAGCAAUACAAUAUCCUACUUGUGACUCUUAGAGCUUCAGCACCCAGUGUGCUGCGCUUUUGCGUCUGUGCCGCCCUGCUGUAUUUUGGCUUCAUGUUUUGUGGUUGGAUUGUGCUGGGGCCAUAUCAUCCUAAGUUUCGCACCUUGUCCAUGGUAUCAGAGUGCAUGUUUUCACUCAUCAACGGUGAUGACAUGUUCAUGACAUACAAAGAGAUGCAGGACCACAGCACUGCUGUUUGGGUUUUUAGCAAGGUCUACUUGUAUGUCUUCAAUUCGCUCUUCAUCUACGUCGUCCUCAGCUUGUUUAUUGGUAUCAUCAGUGAUACAUACGAGAGAAUUAAGGACUGGGGACACCCCCCAUGCACAAAGCUUGAACGCUUUGUCCACGGUAAUAACUGCCAGCGGUGCAGGAGUGAGUAUAGGAACGAUGAAGACGCCACGGGAAACAGUAUCGCUCCACAUAACCACCGGCAGCAUUUGGAAUCCCCUGAUGUGCUUAUACAGUAAAUGCCAGCCUAGUCACAGGCGUUUUUACCGGGAAUCCUGUGCUUAGAGAUCAACUACGAGGCGUCAUGGGGACUGAGACGAGUGGUUUCCUUUAACGUCACAACCACAGGAAACCCAAUAAAAACGCCUGAGACUUUGCUGAUUAAAAGCUACACGUUUCUUUUUAGUUUUAAAUCUUUUACAUUCUAGGCCAAGCUUUAUAAAGGGCGCCUAAAAAAUUCUGGAAUCACUAAAAUCUUGUAAAUAGUGAGUAAGAUCUAUAAAAACCACUUUGCAGCAAUGACCAGUCGCGUACCUAGGAUUGGCGCAGUUAUGUACCAGUAUGGUACCUACCAUAUGGAAUCGCAUAGUAUUUAAAGAUUUCUUUAUAGGAAACGACCUAUUUUUUGGCUGCCAGGGGGGUGUGUGCGCGCACCCUGCGCACCCCCCCCCCCCCCCCCCCCCCCCCGUGUACUCGAUUGAUGCCUGGAGCAAUUGUUGCUUUUAUCUGAUUAUUUUUACCUUGAUAUAUUUUAAUUUAAAGGGGUUUUAAUACAUGAUUGCAAACAUUCAAAAUGUAGAAAAUGAUUUUCAAUGUGAUUUGAUUUUCAUGAUGUGUAUCAUAUCGGUUAUAUUUAUAUAACUUUGUAUAUUUUUAUAAUUUACAGAAACUAUAUUGUGACUAUCUUCUUAUGACUA